AGCCUGGACGGUGUCUGAACGAGAACGGAGAAAGAUGCAAAGCCAGCGAACAACACAAAACAAAGGCCGAGAUCUCCAAACCCCAUAACCCUACCUUAAACCCAUGAUCACAACUAGAUUCUUCCCUCAUUCGCGUUUCUUCCUCCCCUCGCACCUGCCCACUCUCUGCCGGCUCAUCCACUCCGGCGCUGCCCACCCCCGCAUCACCAGAUCUGAGCUCGUCGACCGGAUAUGCCGCAUCCUCACCCUCGAGCGCUUCCACGCCAUUCCCAAGCUUCCCUUCCGCUUCUCCGACGAUCUCCUCGACGCCGUCCUCGUCAGGCUGCGACUCGACGCCGACGCCUGCCUGGGCUUCUUCCGGAUCGCACUGAGGCAGCAGUACUUCAGGCCCAACGCGGAAUCUUAUUGCAGAAUUGUCCACAUUUUGUCUCGAGCACGCAUGUUCGACGAUGCGAGAGGGUUGUUGAGGGAAUUGGUGGCGAUGAUGAGCUCGGCUAGCCCGGAGCCGUCUGUCUCUUUUGUUUUUGAUCGGAUGGUUAAGGUGUACAAGGAGUUCACUUUCUCUCCUACGGUGUUUGACAUGCUCCUGAAGGCUUAUGCUGAGGGUGGAUUGCGAAAGGAGGCUCUUUUUGUGUUUGAUAAUAUGGGGAAAUGCGGAUGUCAGCCUAGUUUGAAGUCCUGCAACAGCCUUUUGAGUAGUUUGGUUAAAGGAGGGGAUAUUAACGCGGCAAUUCUAGUUUAUGAACAGAUGUGCAAAGCUGGGAUAUUACCUGAUGUUUUCACAACGUCUAUAAUAGUUAAUGCCUAUUGUAAGGGUGGAAAUCUAGAGAAAGCCUUGAGCUUUGUGGCAGAGAUGGAAAGGAAGGGGUUUGAUGUUAAUAUUGUGACUUUCCAUUCUCUGAUCAAUGGGUACUGUAGUUUGGGCCAGACAGAAGCAGCACUCAAGGUGUUCGACAUGAUGACUAAAAGAGGGAUUUUGCCAAAUGUUGUCUCUUUUACUUUGUUGAUUAAGGGUUACUGCAAAGAAGGCAAGGUUAAGGAAGCCGAGAAAGCCCUUGUUGACAUGAAACAGCUCCAUGGUUUGAGUCCUGACGAAGUUGCUUAUGGUGUGCUAAUUAACAUUCAUUGCCAAAUGGGGGGAAUGGAUGAUGCAAUGAGAAUCCGGGAUAAAAUGUUGAGUGAAGGGAUGAAGGAAAACAUAUUUAUUUGUAAUGCAAUGAUCAAUGGGUAUUGCAAGUCCGGAAGAAUUGAGGAAGCAGAGAUUUUGCUUUUCGAUAUGGAGAAGGGUCAUCUAAAACCAGACUCCUACAGUUACAAUUCUCUAUUAGAUGGGUAUUGCAAGAAGGGUCUUAUGAGAGAUGCUUUUGGAAUAUGUGACAGGAUGAUAAGGAAUGGAGUCGAAGUUACAGUUAUAACUUAUAAUGCACUAUUUAAAGGCUUUUGUCUGUCAGGUGCAAUAGAUCAUGCCCUGAACUUGUGGUUUUUGAUGCUGAAAAGAGCUGUUGCUCCAAAUGAGAUUAGCUGUUCCACAUUGUUGGAUGGGUUCUUCAAAUCAAGGAAUUAUGAACAAGCCUUGAAAUUUUGGAAUGAGAUACUAGCUAGGGGAUUCACAAAGAACCAAAUAACAUUCAAUACAGUGAUAAAUGGUUUUUGUAAAGCAGGGAAAAUAUCUGAGGCGGUGAAUAUUAUGGAAAAGAUGAAGGCCUGGGGAUGUCCUCCUGAUAGCAUUACUUACAGGACAGUGAUUGACGGUUAUUGUAAACUUGGUGAUGUGGAGCAAGCUCUUAAGUUAUGGAAUGAGAUGGAACCUUCUGGGUUUUCUCCUUCAAUCGAAAUGUUCAAUUCUCUUAUUUCUGGGCACUUCAUAGCUAACGGUUCUGAUAGGAUUGAUGGCCUUCUAACUAAUAUGCACAAGAGUGGACUGACUCCCAACAUAGUUACUUAUGGAAUUCUGAUUGCUGGAUGGUGCAGAGAAGGAAUGUUGGAUAGGGCUUUUGAUAUAUAUUUUGAAAUGGUUGGUAAAGGCUUAACUCCAAAUACAUACAUAUGCACUGCCCUUGUUAGUGGUCUUUAUAGACAGGGUAAGAUUGACGAGGCAAAUGCUAUAAUGGCAAAAAUUGUGGAUGCUAGCAUGCUUCCAAAGUAUGAAAAUUCUGAUAAGUACCUUAAGUGUGUUACGAAUAAUAUCUACCAUCACGAAAUCACAAAUCUGCUCGCUCAGUCUAAAAAUGAGAAUCUCCUGCCUAACAACAUUAUCUAUAAUGUUAUUAUUUGCGGUCUUUGCAAAUCUGGAAGGAUUUUGGAUGCAAAACAAUUUUUUGCAGACUUGUUGCAGAGGGGUUUUGUUCCAGACAAUUUUACUUACAGUAAUCUUAUUCAUGGCUAUUCAGCAGCUGGCAAUAUAGAUCAGGCUUUUCAAUUAAGGGAUGAAAUGAUUAAAAAGGGCCUCUUUCCCAAUAUUAUAACAUACAAUUCUCUCAUCAAUGGUCUCUGCAUAUCUGGAAAUUUAGAUAGAGCUGUCAAUCUAUUCAACAAGCUGCAGUCAAAAGGUUUAGCACCGAAUGUUAUUACAUUCAACACAUUGAUUGAUGGAUUCUGCAGAGUUGGCAAUCUAACAGAAGCAUUCAAGCUGAAAUAUAAGAUGAUAGAGGCAGGAAUUUAUCCCAAUGUUGUUACGUAUUCUACACUAAUUAAUGGCCUUUGUUGCCAAGGGGAAAUGGAAGCAUCCAUCAAACUCCUGGAUCAAAUGAUUAGUAGUGGCGUGGAUCCUAAUUAUGUUACGUAUAGCACGUUGAUCCACGGUUAUAUCAAAUCUGGAGAAAUGCAUGAGAUACCAAAACUAUACGAAGAAAUGCAUAUACGUGGGCUUUUGCCAGUGUCUAAUUUCAGAGGAAACAUGAGUCCAACACCUGUAACUAUAAAAACAAGGCAGAUAAAUAGUGCUGAACAAUUAGAUGUAUCAAUACAUUCUGAAGGGUAGCUUCUUUGUUGGAAAUUCUGCUCUAGAUUGUUGAUCUUUCAUAUUGCAACUCUUAAAGGCACUAAAACAAUCCUUAUCCUGCUUCAUGCUGAUUCGAAAGUCCAGAUUACAAUUUCAACAGGAACAAUUUAGUAAUUCUCCAUAAAAUUCACAAUUAUUUCAUAUUCUUCAAACAUACUGAUUUCAUUCCAUGAAUUUAUUAGGGAGAUCCACAUUGACUUUGUGAAGAUGCACAUGCAACCACAUUAUGCUGGGUAUUCUUGUUCUGAAACCAUGAGGUUAGUGGCCCACUUAGCUGCAGGAGGUGACAAUAAUGGGUGGCACUUCUUCUCAAGGCAGGGACUGGUCCAGGAGGGCCUGGUCUAUAAGCAUGACAAAGGAACAAGUAACAUUUGUUAACUAAGUCAUGUCCGAGUCUUUUUAUUCAUUCAAGUAGUGAAAUUUUAUUUUCAUAUUGUGGAAGUAUGCUUGUAUUUGUUGAUUAAUUCCAACAGUUUGUAUUUAUAAUUUUGUGAAAUGUGUCAUUCCAUCAUGGAUCAGUUUUUUGAGAUCAAGUAGGCAAUUCUCGAGAUGAAGUUUAUUCUCUAACUAAGUUGGUAGGAGUUAUUAUAGGCAUUGUCAUAUUCAAAUAAGAGAGAGAGAGAGAGAGAGAGAGAAGUUAUUGAUGCUCUAUAUAAAUUAGUAAGCAUGUCAUUAUAACAAAAUAAUUAUCAAUCUCCUAUUAAAACUGCCUUACACAAAACGACAAGUUUCUCUCUCAACAAAUUUGUGCACCCAUUCGUUAGAGGAGAUUGUGGUAUCUCCUCCCAAAGGAUGCUGUUAGUUGUUCAUCUUGGUCAUCUGAUCUUGUGAUUGUAACAUGCACACUACAAUUAUCACCAUUCAUUAACCCUCUAACAUGCUGUUGACAUGAUCAUGACAUGUACAUGACACUUAUCACCAUCCUCUAACCCUAACAGUCUAUUGAUUCAAUUCUUGUCGUCUCUUCUCCUUUCUUGCCCUCCCUUUUGACAAAUUUACCAUUCUGUUAGAUGGCAAUCUGAGGUACUUCUUUCUGCUAAUAUCAUCUCCUUAUCUUUGUUCCAGAUUAGGCAUCCUAACACAUGACCAGCAAACACCUGGUUCCUUGUAAAUCUGAAGAGCAUGAUUUGGUUGAAGCGAACAUUUAUAAUUGGUAGAAAGGAUAUGUGAUAGCCACCUGCAAGUUAUCAAUUAAGGAUUAUCAUCAUGUUUUAUGAAGAAUGUAACAGCUGGUUUCUCGUGAAUCUGAAAGAGGCAUGAUUUAGAUUUUAGAUUGAUGAAAAGGUUUAUAGUUAAUAGAAAUGGUCAGCAAUAUGACACCUGCAAGUUAUGAUGUAAUGCUGAUAUGCAUAGAUUAUCAGAAUUUCUAAUCAUAACAUAACAGUUGGACAAACAACUCAUUGUGCUGGCGCUUCUUUUUUGAAACUACAGAUACAUUGAUAAACAUUGGAGAAACUACUACAUCCUGUGGCUGGACCCUCCUCAGAUAUCUUAAUUCUUCGAAGUCAGUUUUGCCAUUAUUUUUUGCACAAAUGUCCCAACAUGGCAUGUUGGAUGAUGUGGAUAUGGAGAAAUGAAACUCUUCAAUAAGGAGUUCUUCAGCCAUGCCAACCAGGGAUCAGAGUCGCCAUGUCAGCACGGAAUCCACAAGUUCCUUCUUGCAAGAAUGCAAAUUUGCUUCUCAAGUAGAUGAACAUAAUCAAGGUCCAGGAGUUAUCAGGAACCACUCAGGAAGAUCCAUGGAAGGUUUCGUCCAUGGCAUUAACCCAACCCUCUUUUGAAUCAGCCUAGAAAGCAGGGAUUGAGAAACUGUGGCUGGAGUUAGAUUGCAGCAAUGCAUGUGAAAUAAUCUAGCUACCAUUUCUGUCCACCGAACCUGAAGAUAAUCGGAGAAUUCGCGUAAACGGAUUGGCGAACCUCCUUCGGUUUCAGUAAUUGUGGCUGCAAUAGACUGUACAAAUCCUUGUGGAUUCCUUAUCGAUGCUAAAAUUGUUAUAGACAGAUACUUCAGUGUUACACUUAUUCCAGCAAAGUGUUAUGCGCAGCGAACAAUUUAGAGGUUCACUCGAGUUGCAGAUCAAUUGUAAUUUCGUAUAAGGCUUCUACUCCUGUUUCGUUGAUUCAAAUUUUGUUAUAUAAAAAAAGAGGUAUUUCUGGUA